GAGGCCUUUUUUCCCCUCUUCAGACACCAUUAUCAGCAGUGAAAUAUUCCCUCUGUUGGGCCUAUUGUGCGUUUGCAGGGUGGACGUCACAGGCGUGCAAAGCCCAGCCUCUCAGCAGGGUUUGAGGAGAGCGAGGCCUGCUGGAGCUCCACUGUGUGCUAGCAGUCCAUGUAACAAGUCUGUAGCAGGAGACAACUGUCUAAAGAUGUGCUUGCAGAGUGGCUUGAAAUGGAUCAUUGGAUCAUUUCUUUUGUCUUUUUUGGACUUUUCAGUCAUUACCUCUGGUGCUCACAGAAUCCUAUAAUUUUUGUUCAGUGAAGAUAAUGACAGUGGAUGCUGGCUAAAGGAAGAAUUCCUGAAAAUAUCAGGAGGGGACAAGUAAAUGUGUCUUUGUGUCUUACGUUUCACUUGGAUGCAUGUUUCUAACUUGCACUCCAGAUGGAUUCCUACAGUUUCCACUUUGAGAGAAUGAACAACCUCGACUUGCACCCUCUUAGCCUUCCCGUCAGUCGACUUUCUCCUGCGAAGUCUACUAGUAGCAUAGACCAGUAUACUCACCAUCACGGAAAAGGGGACUCUGCUUAUAGCUCUUUCUCUGGAGGAUCUAGCGCUCCUGACUAUCCCUCACCCUUUCUGUCAGACGAUUUCCACCCACAUAGUCUGCACUAUGCGGAUCUUAAGUAUGUGAAGGCUAUAUAUAGCCCCAGCAUCCUGGAGUCAGAUUCAAAGAGCAUGAACCAGCUGUACCGUUCCAUGGAGGCCAUUGCACAGCAAUAUCAGCAUCAUCAAAACAGUAAUGGCUGUUCCCACAUCAGAGAUUCUCAAGAACAUUCUGCCGCUUUACCACCACCACCACCUCCUGCUCGUCUUGAUAGCUUCGCAACCACCAGGAACCUUGAGACCUCAAGGGUGCGCCAGAGUCCUGAGGGGCAACUUGCAGACAUUUCCUCCUUUAGAACCCAGACGGCUAAUCCUGAAGCUCUUGGUCUGAGGUCUGACCCUGUCUGUGGUCGACGAGUUUCACAGCAUUAUCAGAAGGACCAGCUGAAGCAAGACCUUGUGGAUAAGAUCUUUGAGUCAAAGUCAGCAACUGUUUUAAGCCGAUUGCAGUCAAGUCAGCCAGAACACUCACAACAGUCAAUGGGCAGCCAGUCCGAAAUUCAGUGGAAGAGGUCACAUUCAGCUCACGAGGCUUCGGUCACUGAACAGCAAGGUGCGAUCCACUCCUGGCACAUGGCACAAAACACGAUCAGUGGAAGUAUUCAACACAAAGGGCAGUUCUAUUUUGUCACUGGCGUGUACAAAUCGCCUGAUUCCAGCAUCCCACAGGCACAGUGUGUGGUAGAGAGUUCCGCCGCAGAACCCCACAGGCAGGCUGAACAGCAGAGGUCUCAUAGUACGAUGGAAAACAUGUUCAAGAAUGUUCAAGGAAAAAAACCAAGCAGCCCUGACGGCCCCAGUGGAAAACUGUUUUUUCAAGAGGAAAAAAAAUUUGCCACAACAAGUGAAGAUAAGGAGCCUCCUAAGAACCAUGUGUUAAAUUACUUCUGUAAGAAUGAGAAAGGUGCUCAAAGUGUAGAUGACUUGGAAGAUAGCCAGAGGAUUGUGAGCAUGGAUAUAGGCAGACAUCAUACCACCAAUCAUCCUAUCUUCUACUGUGGCCCAGAAAAGAGCUUCUCAGCAUCUGACACAUCUCAGACUAAGAAUAUUACUGAAAACAACCAGAAUGCACCUGCACAAAAAGAUGAAGCUGUAAACAGGUCGACGAGACAGCUCUUAGCAGAGGUGCCAACUGAGAAGAUCAGCAAAGAGAGCACUCCUCUCCUGUACCACCUCACUGGAGCAAACAGGGCCUCCCACAUGAACAAUGUCAAAAAUGAGAAAAACUCUAGAUUGGGUAGCAAAGAUCCAGACUGGGGCAAAGAUAAGCAGAAAGCAGGAAAGGAAUCUUCUGGUGGUGACUCAACACCAAGUGAAGUGUCUACAGAAGAGAAACUAAAUGAGUUGUCCUACCCAUGCAACACCGUAGACGAUUCCUUUAAAAAAUAUUACAAAGAAAAACUGAAGGAUGCACAAUCUAAAGUUUUGAAAGAGACUUCAUUCAAAAGAAAAGAUCUGCAGCUCACUUGGCCAAACAGAAUUGAACAAUGGUCUGACAAGAGGCUCUCUGUCAUACCUUCUGGCCCGCCUUCACAGGAUGUGCAUUCUAAGCUGGAAAGCCCCAUGCAACCUCAUCUGCCCAAGUUUCAAGACACAGAUAAAGAGACUUUGAGGAACCCUAGUCAAGAGAUUGAGAAACAGAUUGAGAAGGAAACCAUGAAGCAGCAAAAUAUUGCUCAGCCACAGGUGCCUCGAAUUGGCUCUAGGAAGCGUCUGACCCCAGAACAGAAAAAACUGUCUCACUCUGAGCCAGAAAAGCUACACCAACUGGCAGACAGACCUGUUCAUAUGACCUGCCGAUCCCUUGGCAGUGAGAGUGAAGUAAUGCUCACAGAAGACAACCUCGGUGAGCAUGGCCUGGUUUCUGCCAGACGAAAGAUGUUUGAGACAAGGGGACGUGCUUUGUCAGCCUCCAGCUUCUCAAAAAGCACUCUUAAGCACCUUCAGCACAAGGCCUUGGUAGCAUACAUGGAACGGAAGACUGGCCACAAGGUGGCUGAGCCUCAGCUGCCAGUGCCACAGGUGCCCAGCCAGCGGCACUCAACUGGAGGAAGGCAUUCAGACUGGGGUCAAAGACCUCAUUCAGCCAAUGCAGCCUCCAUAAAGAAGAAGCUCCUCAGGCCGCACUCUGCAGGUCGCAUUCUAGACUCAAGCUCCAGUAAAUCUGCUCAGUUUACCUAUGCCCAACCAAAUAUUCACUCAUGUCAGUCUAGGUGGGUAGAGGGAUCGCCACCACCAUCAGGGAAAUGUGUCUCAGUGGAGAACCUUCUAGAUGAGCAGGAGCAACCUGGCUCCUCCAGAACCUGCAGCACGUCAAUACCCCAUGCCUUCCAUCAGGCCCAUAGACAUUAUGAGUCUUCACCUCUGCAUGACAAGGACAUCUCAUGUGCCCAGAUUAAAGUGGAAAGAGAAGUACCUGUUUAUAAGCACUAUGCAGGAUCAGUUCCAGACCAGCGGCGAAUGCGAGUUAUGGCUCCCAGAGGAAAAUCAUUGGAGGAACUUGGAGUCUCAGUGGUCAUCAGUCCUAGAGCUCUCAGCAAGAGCUCAGAGCAGCUACACCAGCUCUCUGGCAAGCACUUACUGUCUGGCACUGAUAAAAGAGAUCUACCAUUUUUGACUGAUAAACACAAACAUAUCCAAAGAAAACUCAAGCAAGACCAUCAGGUUGCUGCUGAACAUCAGUCCUCUAAGGAACCCUGCUCACUGGACCACUCAUCCACAGAAAACCACUCUAGGGUCAGAGCAUGCAAUUUGUCCCCUGCCUCCUCUGGAUCAGCAUUUUCUGCUCAUGUUAAUUGUAUACCCAGUUGUGGUGAUAAACCUCCAAUGACUCUGUGUGACAAUGGCUGUAAUGGUAGAGAAGGUAAAGUCACAUCUACAGCUAGUCCUCCUAGAGGAACAAGUGAAGACAACCUUGCUGUCAGCAAAAUGAAAGUUUUUCAAGAGCAAUCUUCAACAAAGGCUGAAGAGUCGCCUGGAGAUGUGAGUGAGGUGCAGAGAUCUUAUAUUGUUCAUGAAGUAUCCCUAAGCCUUGGGGUCACAACAGACCCCACUCUGUGGAUUUUGCCACCUGAAAUAGAUGACAAUGAUUUAGAUGAAAGUACUCAGCAUAUAGCCACAGGUCAGUCUCAGAGCACAUCACCUGCUGAACCAACUGCUUCAGAACCUGACACUAACUGCAGCUAUGCAGUUGAUAGAGAUCAUGAAACGCAGGUAAAAGAGAAGAAAUGUGGACCUCUGGUGGCUGAGAAACCAGAAAAGGACAGUCCUAAGGACCCACCUCGGUGGGAGACGCUGGUUCAGGAAGUGGUCUCAGCAGACCAAUCACUAGCCCGCAUUUUAUAUCCUAUAACUAAUCGGAAAACAGCACUCAUGCUAAUGGAGCAGUUGUUAUCAGAGGACACUCUUCUGAUGGAAGAACACUAUAAGAAAAAGCAGGAGCAGCAAAUUAACAAGCCAGCUACAGAAAGCCCUGAGAUGACUGAUGUUGAUAAAGUAAACAACUCAUUAGCACCGAAUGGGGAUGGCACUUCCCUGACUACCCAGGAGCAAAACAGACAGUACAGUGCAGGAGAUGAUGUCACAGAGAAGAAGAGGCAGCUGAUAGCCCGUAUUGAGGAGCAGCUGAAGUCUCUGGAGGGUUUGCGGUCCUCACUGCAGAGUGAAGAGAGAGAGAAUGGGGUACGGGGCGACACCAUGGAGGCUCUUGUGUGCAAGUGCUGCAUGCCGGCAGAGCUGGAGCGCUACACACAGUUUAUUGGAGACCUGGAGCGAGUUGUAAACCUACUGCUGUGCCUCUCUGCACGUCUGGCACGCGUGCAGAAUGCCCUCAGCACAGUGGAUGAGAGCACAGAUGCUGAGGAGAAGCAAUCAUUGGACAACAGACACCAACUCCUGUGCAAACAGAGGGAGGAUGCCAAGGACCUGAAGGAUAAUUUGGACCGGCGGGAGCGCAUGGUGUCCACCUUCCUCGCCAAGCAGCUGACGGACGCCCAGCUGCAGGAGUAUCGACGCUUCGUCCAAACCAAGGCCUCGCUGCUCAUCCGCCAGAAAGACCUGGAUGAGAAACAGCGGCUGGGGGAAGAACAGCUGGAAGCACUGCUCAACAGUAUCCCUCCUCCAUAAAAGGUUUCAUGUUUUUGUCUCUUCUGCCUCUAAACAUUCUCAGCCAGCGAUCCGCAGCUAGCAGACAGCUUUUCGCUGCUGAGGCUGCUUAGGAUUUCACGCUGUUAGAGUGGACUGGUUAGACUUGCUUUGCCAAUUCAGAGGCAGUAAGAGACCUAUGCCAGUUUGUUUUUGUUUUGUUUUUUUCUUUCGUUCAUUGUAUUAUGAUUUUAUGUUGUAUCAAUUGUGCUUUAGGUGCUCGCUUCACAUCUCAGCAGUCUGUCUUUGAAAACUAUGAAAAGCUUUAAGUUGGGGACAAUGGCUAGAAAGGGUGGAAAUGAUAAGUAACACACUCACUGAUGCCCUUUUAAUGACUUUUUUCCUUUUGUAGUGCUUAAUUUAUUGUUUACUCAUAAGGCACUCUAAAUGAAGACCAAAAAAAGUUAAAUAAGAAAAAAGCACUUUGAUAACGUAACUGCACGUACAUUUCUAACCUUAUUAAAACACUGGUAUUACGGUUAUUAUAGAAGCAUUAAUGCAACCCUUUAUGUGUAUUUAUUUCUAUUGAUAUCGAGUCUUAAUUGUUUUUAUUGACAUUUUAAAGCCACGUGCAUGGAUUUAGUUGUCCAAAUGUAUCCUGUCCUGUAAUUUCACUGGGUGGUAAUCAUGUUCCUUUGUACUGGCUAUAGAAACUGUACAGAUCAAAAUGAUGUUCUGAAGAUUAUCAUCAUGGUGUCUAUCCCAAAUUACCUGCUGUCCCUGACUGAUGAGUAGUUUCUGGUUUUAAAGGCUGCCAUAAAAAAAUCCAUCAUUUAAAAAUGACAGCUGGCCUGUACAUUUUGUGAACAUUUCACAAUGAAUGGACCAACAGAAAUGGUUCACAAAUGACUAAAUCUCAUUAACAUACAUUGCAAUAUUUUUCUUCUAUAAAGUGAUUAGUCUGUAAGGUUUUGACACAACAGUGAUCAAUUGAUACUAUUGAAGUCUUCAUGCGAUUUGCUAUGAGAAUACAUUCCUUUAUGUAUAAAUAAAUUGGAUCAGCUGAAGGUGUGUGUGUUUGUGUGCGUGCGUGUGCGUGCGUGUGUGUGUGUGUGUGUGUGUGUGUGUGUGUGUGUGUGUGUGUGUGUGUGUGUGUGUGUGUGUGUGUGUGUAAAAUAAGAUGUGGGCCUACUAGAGAUGGCACCAUACUACUCUAUGAUACUGACAUUUAAACCUUAAGUGUCGGUCAAUACUGAUAUUUUUAAAACUACAAAGCUUUAAAAGUGUCUAUAUGUAUUGAAGCACUUCAGUUAAGAUCCAAAAGCAGACUAUCAUGCUCAACUUACCCGAGCACGGCUACUUCUCCCAGGAAGACGUACACAGCUAACAACAUUGCAUCACACAGUGCGAAUCUGUGGUAUUUCAGAGUCAGAAUGACUUUUUCCACAUGCUUGAAUCAGUCUGAUAAAGAUACCUGGUAUCAGAUCAGUGCCAUCUCUAGGGGCCACACAGUGACUAGACGUGAAUGCUCAUGCUAACCCUUUGAGCAGGGAGAAAUGCUGUCCUUGUCUGUCGUUCUCAGGUCAAACAUGCAGCUUCCUUCCUACUCUAAUACAACAACAAACCAUCAGUGUCACUGAGAGCUGUGAGCAAGAGCCAGUGAAAGAAGAAUAAAGAGCCAAACAUGAAAA